UGCUUUUUCCCGCCUACGCCGACUCCCAUCUUGCUGGCUUCCAGCGUCCUCACGACACCUGACGACACCUUGCCCUCUGCUCCGGAAACGCUCAAUAAAGCUCUGCCGACUAGGUCUUGGCAGCUCGCCCGAUGUCUGCAUCAUCUUCAUUCCAGACGGCUACACUCUCCGGUGUCACCUCGGGCGCAUCGAGCCUGUUCUCUAGCACGUUCAGUGCCCCAUCCGCGACGGCUCCCAGCAUCGUCUCUAAUCCAUUCAGCUCUCCUACCUCAUCCGCGUUUGGACCCGGUGUGAGCGGGGGUCCCGGGGAUGGCAGUCCUAGUAACGGGGGCAGUGGGAUUCAGGUCUCCGCCAAGCUCUAUCUCUACACCUUUCUCGCCACACUGAUCCUCCUGCUCGCCGUCUCGGCCGCUAUCGUCGCGCGCUCAUUGGUUCUGCGCAGGCGGCACCAGCGCUUUGUUGAUGAGGCGAUCGCGAAUGGAACGCUGUUGCCCCCGGCUGGCAGGGUCAGGAUCGACUUGAAGAAGAAGCCUAGACUACACGACGCAUGGCUCUCACCGCCAAUACCGAGCACGUUGAAGGCCCGUGUCAGUGGAUCUUUAGCUGCUGGCGAGUCGCUGGACUGGGAGGAAAUCAGGCCCUUCGCGGCAUCUUACAUACCGCCCGCAUCUUCGAACUCGUUGCCACGUGCAACCCCCGCCGGUUUGCUGCGCGCGAACUCCAACUUCAAUGCAGCCACAUCCACUGGGACAACACCUAAUUCCGCUGCACUUGGACAUUUCCCUCCCGACCUGGAAGCCACCUACGACGACCUGGACCCGCCUAAAGCACGCGUCUCCGUCCUCCUCGCCAUGCCGACUCCUGACCUGUUCCCUGUCGAAUCCACACCGUCCGAGCAGCCCACAUGGCUACGACCCUACGCUCAUGCCGAUGCAGUCGACGACGACGAUAUCCCUUUACCGUGGCUGGAGAUGGGUAUUAGCAUUGUCACGGUUGUGCCUGCCGGAUCCAUCAGCUCGGAUGUAGGCGGGAAGGAUAGUGAAGGGAGUGGGGAGGGCGAUUCGACGUAGCCAUUGAUCUCAUGUACAUACGCUCUGUAGCUUUCAUUGUUGAUUCUUAGACUGUAUCCCGACAGCCAUCUUUCGAGUACACGACUUGGAA